CGUUUCUAUGAGAUUCAUUGUGUUAUUUCAGGUUUCUAAAAGAUGAAGUCCUUUGUGGCUUGUGCUGUCGUCGUUGCAAUUCUACAGACAGCCGUGAAGACGGUUGAGGCUGCCAAGAUUCUACUCUUGCCUACGAUGGCGAAGAGUCAUGCCUUUGAAUUGCUCCACAUAGGAGAAGAGUUGGCCAGGAGAGAACACCAAGUAUCGCUUUACCUUCCUUCGUCCAUUGACUUGAAAAUACCGAAGCAGUCGCCCGUCGGUGUCAUCAGUUACACGAUUCCAGACGAAUACAAGAUGAUGUUUGAAAACAACAUGGACAGCAUUCAGAGUGGGGACUGGAAGCCCAGCAGACAUGUUUUCGACGAAAUCUCCGAUAUGAGAGGCAUGAUGAAAGCGAUGUGUUGGGGACUCUUCUCCGACAGAGGACAGUUGGGAUACUUGGUGAAGGAGAGAUUUGACUUGGCCAUUGUGACGGCCCUUCCCUUCACCCAGUGUCUGUUUUGUCUUCCUCACUAUCUGAACAUAUCCACCGUCGCCUCGAGCGCGUACAUUACAGAAAGGCACAGUGGCUCUCCAUUGCAGUCGACCACUCUGCCCUUCUUCUUGGGUUCAUUUGGAAAUAACAUGAACAUUUUUGAACGAUUCUCCAACUUUGCCCUGAGUAUUGUUUCUCCUUUCCUCAUGUCGUAUAUUGCCACACCUGAUAUGUCAGUUAUUGACCCUGUCUUCGCCAAUAUCGAUGUAAACCAGUUGGUAAAGCAGGCGGUGCUGUAUUUAGAAAACUCUGACUACGUUUUCGAUUACCCUAAGGCAGUCUUUCCUAAUUUUGUUCACGUUGGCGGUCUCACAGCUAAACCGGCCAAGAAGCUAGAUAAGAAGCUUGAAGACUUCAUGGCCCGUUCACCAGAAGGUAUUAUUUUCGUGUCCUUUGGUUCACUAGUUCCCAUUCAGUUUGCUCCUAAGACUAUGGUUGAAAACAUGCUGGCGGCGUUGCGUCAGUCCGGCUUCAACGUGUUGCUGAAAUCGGACUCUGAUCACGGCGACGGCAAUAUAAGAUUUUCAAAAUGGCUACCACAAAAUGACAUUCUUGGACAUCCCAAAACUAAAUUAUUUAUUUCCCACUGUGGGAAGAAUGGUCUUUUUGAAAGUAUUUAUCACGGAGUUCCCAUACUAUGCGCGCCCAGAGCUAUCGACCAGCCAAUGAAUUCUAGAAGGGUCGCUCAAAUGGGUAUCGGCAUACAUCUGGAUUUCAACAAGGCGUCUGCAGAGAACAUUUCGAACGCCAUUCACGACUGCAUACGUAACGAGACAUUUCGUGAAAAUAUGAAAAAAGCUAUCAAUGAUGUUUCGUGACAGACGGGAAACUCCAGUACAAAGGGCGGCGAAUGCUGUAGAAUAUGUUCUGAAACAUGGUAGUCGGCACAUGACACCACCAGCAGCAAGGGACCUGACAAUACUUCAGUACGCAUACGCUGAUA